AUGGGGGAACAGGUCGACGAGGAGCCACCGGACUUGUCCACCUGGAGCGCUGAUCAGCUCAUUGCCCGGGUAACUUUAUUAGAGCAACAGCUCAAAGAGCAGACCGCAAAAUACAAUUCCACCGCCCUUCCGCCACAAAUCUUUUCACCAGCCCGUAAACCCAAGAACGCGCGUGUUAAUCGAGAGUUUGACCCCUCUAAAUAUUCCACCCGCUUCAUCGCCCUCAAGUUCGCUUACUUGGGCCAGCGCUACAACGGCCUCGAGUUCCACCCCAAUAACAAGACGCCCUUGCCCACCGUUGAAGAAGCGCUAUGGAAGGCAUUGAACAAGGCCCGACUCGUGUUUCCAACUCCUAAUCCUUCGCUGGGGCAAGAUGAGCCUAAUUGGGAGGGCUGUGAAUAUUCCAAGUGCGGGAGAACGGACAAAGGCGUCAGUGCUUUUGGACAGGUCGUUGGGAUCAGGGUUAGGAGUAACCGUCCGGUCAGCCGGGUUCAGGAGCCGGCUUCUUUGGGAAAUGCAGCAGCGGAAAGGGGGGUACCUUCGCACAUGAAAGAUCUGGAGACCGCUGCUCCCAGUCUCGUGAAAGAUGCAAUACCUAUUCCAUCAUCUACAAGUGAGUCUGAGAGUGACGAAGGAUUGCCCUUCCAUCCAACCAACGACGAGAUUCCAUACUGCCAAGUCCUCAACCGACUUCUGCCGCCAGACAUUCGAAUGUUGGCAUGGUGCCCUGCCCCUCCUCUCAACUUUUCCGCCCGCUUCUCCUGCAAAGAGCGCCGCUACAAAUACUUUUUCACCCAGCCAGCCUUCACACCAACAAUCGGCUCUGCAGGCUUGCUCAAUGCAUCAAUCCAGCCAGGUCUAUCCGCCGGCCGUAGACGAGAUGGCUGGCUCGAUGUCGACGCCAUGCGGGAAGCAGCCCACAAAUUCAUCGGCCUCCAUGACUACCGAAACUUCUGCAAAAUUGACGCGAGCAAGCAAAUCGACAACUUCGAACGCCGCAUCUUCCACGCCGACAUCGAAGGAAUUGGCAGCCAGCAUGGCCCCGUCGGCUACAUCGGCAAACCAGGCUUCCGGCAACACGAGCACUCAAACGAAGCUCCGGGCUUCCAUCAACAUGACGACCUCAAAGGUCAAUCUUCUACACCAACCAUCUACACGUUUACCCUCCAUGGCUCAGCCUUCCUCUGGCAUCAAGUCCGCCACAUGGUCGCCGUCCUCUUUCUCGUCGGCCAAGGACUCGAACCUCCCUCCGUCAUCGACGACCUCCUCAACAUCUCCAAAACUCCCGCUAAACCGCAGUAUGAGAUGGCAGACGACGCGCCCUUGGUGUUGUGGGACUGCAUCUUCCCCCGCGAAGACGCCGACAGCGGGGUCGAUGCGAUGGAAUGGGUGUACGUGGGUGAUACCUCGGGGGAAGGAGCGGGCCCCGCAAAGGGCGCCGGCAAAUUCGGUCCCGGCGGCCUGGUGGAUGAUCUGUGGAGGUUCUGGAGGCGAAGGAAGAUGGACGAGGUGCUGGCGGGAAGCCUGUUGGACGUGGUGGUCGGGCACGCCGGUCGCGGCGGUGAUGAUUCAGAGGCCGAAGCUGAGGUCGCCGUGGGCAAAUGUGCGGGCAGCCAGAAGGUCUUUCAGGGCGGGGACGGGCCCAGGCAUGUGGGCACUUACGUGCCCGUGAUGCGCAAACCGAGGAUGGAGAGCGUGGGGACGGUCAAUGCUAGGUAUGCGGAGCGCAAGGGGUUCGAGCGGAAUGAGGAGACCAAGGAAAGAGGGUUCAGGAGGGUCGUGGGCGAGGGCCAGGACGGUGGAAAUCACUGA